AUGGAGUCCGCCAACCGGUCACCGUCACCUGACUUUUCGCCCUUGGAUAUUGGCGAAGACCUUACACCGCUCCCCGCGUACAAAGCUGCACAAACGUCGUCGUACGACAUCGGCGGUCUUUUGUCAACUCCUCUCAAACUCCAUGAAGACCUCACCUCAGGAUGUGGCGGUCAAACCUGGCCGGCAGGUAUGGUGCUUACAAAACACAUGCUGCGUUACCAUAGGGAAGCUCUGAAGGGAGCGAAAAUUUUGGAGCUAGGUGCUGGCGGCGGACUGGUUGGUCUUGCCGUCGCUUUAGGGUGUGAACUGCAGCAGACGCCGCUAUAUCUCACAGACCAAGACGAAAUGUUCGAGCUGAUGGGGAAAAACACAGAGCUGAACAAUCUACAACACAAAGUCAAGCCAAUGGUUCUGAACUGGGGCGGGCCGCUGGCACAAGAGGUUAUCGACUUCAAGCCAAAUGUCAUCUUGGCUGCCGAUUGCGUGUACUUUGAGCCGGCCUUUCCGCUGCUAUUGGAAACUCUGACAAACUUGCUGUCCCUGGAGCCCAGUGCUACGGUCUAUUUCUGUUUCAAGAAGAGACGACGCGCAGAUAUGCAGUUCCUCAAGAAGGCCCAAAAAACGUUUCAGGUGACGGAGAUAUUUGACGACGAUCGGGCGAUAUUUAGCAGAGAGGGCCUGUUCCUCUACACGUUCACAAGCAAGAAGUCGAGAACGAGCGGCAAUUGA